AUGUUCCCAUCAUUUUCAACAAACUCUUUUAACUUCAACAGUAGCAACCAUCACUUUUCAAUUCUUUCUGCAUCAACAACGAAAUUACAGCAUCUUUAUCACAAUGUCCGUCUUCAACCGCAAGUGCGCAACAACGUCUAUAAAACCAUGCCUUCACAUUCUCUACAUCAGAAUCAACAAUUACAAAUUGAGAAAAGAAAUUCAGAGGGGAAGAGGAUAUCAUCAUUCAUUCAGAUUCAUUACAGUAUUUCAACACAAAGAAAAGUCUCAAGAAACUCACCAAUUGGAGAAUCACCAAAAUCAAUCGCUGAAAACUCUCUCUCGCCCCUUGAAUUUCGUCUUCACGGAGCCUUCAAGCAUCACCUUCCUCUGCAUCUUCUCAACCAUUUUUCUGAACCACCAUUUUCCACAUUCCCAUAUUCACUCGUCAUCACCAUUGACCUUCACGCCAUAACCGCAACUCAUCUACAUUAUCAAGAAUCCCUCAUAUCAAACUUCAUCUUCCUCCUUUCACAACCACCAUUGACUCAUUCUUCAUCCAACUUCUAUCACUCUUCAACCUCACCUACUGCAAACCUGCACAUCUAA